UCAGCACAAUGACAGCUAUAACGCCUUGCUUGUGCCUGUUGCUCUCACUUUUGCCAGCAGCGCAAUGUUUCACCAGGCAGCCUCACAUCGUGUUCAUUCUUGCCGACGAUAUGGGAUGGGACGAUGUCAGCUUUCACGGGUCCCCCCAGAUACCCACGCCAAACUUGGACGCCCUGGCAGCAGACGGCGUCAUACUAAAUAACUUCUACGCACAGCCAGCCUGCACUCCUUCAAGAGCAGCACUUAUGACCGGACUGUAUCCGAUACGCACAGGAAUGCAGGGGCUUGCGCUUGACGUAGCCGAUCCAUGGGGGUUGCCAUCGGACGUACGGAUACUUCCUCAAUACCUCAAGGACCUCGGAUACGAAACUCAUCUCGUCGGAAAGUGGGCUCUUGGCUACUACAAGACGAGCCUAACUCCGACUUGCCGGGGCUUUGACAGCUUUUACGGCUAUUACACCGGGGAACAGCACUACUACACCACAGCGACAUCACUAACAGUUUACUACCCUAUACCCUCCCUAGCUCAAAACCACACUGGUCAGGAUUUUUGGCUCAACCUGGAUCCUUUAUGGUCUGCAAACGGCUGCUAUUCUACGACACUGUACACGCAAAGAGCCCAGCAUCUCAUCCGUAGCCGAAAUAAGUCAAAGCCGCUCUUUCUGCUGCUGAAUCAUCAGUCUCCGCAUGGAGCCGGAGACCCUGAGCCAUUUCAGGCACCGCAAGAAAACGUCGACAAGUUCCCUUACAUUGGAGAAAGGAACAGAACAAUAUACGCAGGCAUGGUCGAUGCACUGGACCAAUCUGUCGGCGAAGUGGUCAAGGCGCUGAGCGACGCUAGCAUGCUGCAAAACACCAUCAUCAUCUUCUGCAGCGAUAAUGGUGGUACACCAUGGGGCGCACACACAACUCGCAGCAUCAACUGGCCCCUACGCGGAGCCAAGGGAACGGUCUGGGAAGGAGGCACCAAAGUACCCGCUUUUGUCUGGAGUCCUCUCUUGGUGCGCUCUCGAAGGGUGUCCCAUCAGCUUAUGCACAUCACGGACUGGCUGCCUACGUUCUAUUCAAUCGGAGGAGGUGCCGUACACACGCUUGGCAAGCUCGACGGUUACGAUAUGUGGCAGAACCUGUGCUACGGACUGGGCUCGCCUCGAGUGGAGAUGCUUUACAACAUCGACUACAAGUUCUUGAACAACGCGGCUUUGCGACUGUGGCGCUACAAGUUGGUACUGGACGGCACAGGGUUCAUGAGCGAGCGGUACCAGAGACCUGGGGGAAGUCGCCCUAGCCGCGACCUCGACAAACUGCUCCACCAGUCGACGGCAGCCAAAGUCCUGCGUGGCUUUUACAAAAGAUACUGGCUGAACUUUCCUAAACACUGGCGGGAAAGAGCAACGUUGAUGUGUGGCGUGCCGACGUGGGGUCACUUUAACCCCAAGGACUCCGUCCACCUUUUCGAUAUUGUCACGGAUCCGUGCGAGCUGAACAAUGUGGCCAGCUCAUACCCCGAGAUCGUGGCCAUCAUGAAGAAGCGCAUCGACGCCUACCAAGCUACGGCGAUGCCAGUGCAAUUCGAAGACAAGGAUCCCGCAGGCUUUCCUGAGAACCACAAUGGCAAUUGGGCACCGUGGGCAGGGAUGACGUGCUGAUAUUUAUUAAUUUUUAUUCAAAUGCGACGUAGUACCACGUGCAUGGCCAGUUUUCCCGUGGUGGUGGAAGGGCAUUUCCAGAGAAUACGAAUGACACGCAACACCCCGCGAAUAAUGGCCCGUGAUGGCGCUUGUUCAGUGACGUAGGAUUUCGCUAAUGUAAUAGGCGAUUAGUCGCAUUCGUCAAUGAAAAGCUGCCAUCAAGCCUGUUUUGACGACUCUUUUUAGCUUGAAUUUUGGACAGCGGUAGGCAUCCUGUAGACAUGAUUGUAUUAAAGCGAUACCAUUUAUAGGUAUUUUAUGAUGUGUGUGUGUGUGUCGGCACGUGCCAGACAUUUAUGCUAAGAUCGAAGCAAUGGCAGUCACAAGUAGGACAGGUCAUUUCAAAUCGCAACAACAAAGUCUUCCACUUUGAGCUAAUUCUUUGGUGGGAAUGAUCACCGUUUCUUUAAGAGAAACAUUAGAAUCAGUCAAGAGAUAAAGCUGCUACAUGACACCAAGUAAAACAUUUAUUUUAAAACUA